AUGGAGCUCGAGAACGCCGUCAAGCUCGUCGACCCCAGCAAAGACGCCCUCUACGACUACUCGGCCUCUGCGCAGAAAGCCAUCAAUGAAGCGCACCCAUGGCGAACCGAUCCCCACUACUUCACCUCUGUCCGCAUCUCGGCCAUUGCCCUCCUCAAGAUGGUCAUGCAUGCGCGAUCAGGCGGUUCCCUUGAAGUCAUGGGCUUGAUGUUGGGCAAGAUUGAAGCACACACGUUUGUCGUAACAGACGCCUUCAGGUUACCCGUCGAAGGCACCGAGACGCGAGUGAAUGCGCAAGACGAAGCAAACGAGUACAUGGUGGAAUUCCUGCAGCGGGCGCGAGAGCAAGGCCAAAUGGAGAACGCCGUGGGUUGGUAUCAUUCACAUCCCGGCUAUGGUUGCUGGCUCUCUGGUAUCGACGUCAAUACGCAAAAGACGCAGCAACAGUUCCAGGACCCCUUCUGCGCCAUCGUCAUCGACCCCGACCGCACUGUGUCUGCAGGCAAGGUUGAGAUUGGCGCUUUCCGCACGUACAAGGACGAGUACGUGGAGAGUACGGCAAAGGCUACCGGGGCCUCCAAGCACACGGGUGGCACUGAUAGCGACGGGUUUGAGACGAUUCCGCUCGGCAAGAUUGAAGACUUUGGUGCGCAUGCUAGUCACUACUACUCUCUUGAAGUCUCGCACUUCAAGUCGUCGCUCGACGCCAAGCUACUCGAGGCACUAUGGAACAAGUACUGGGUCCAGACACUGUCCUCAUCCCCGCUCAUCUCGAACCGCGAAUACGGCACAAAGCAGAUUUCAGAUCUUGCGCGCAAAAUGCAGCAGGAGAACAGCAAUGGCAAGCGCUUCAAGGGCGGACCGACGUAUGCGUCCGGCAACGACACCAAGAAUCAGUUGACCAAGCUAGGCGCGGCGGGAAGCAAGAUUGCGCGCGAAGAGGACAUGGGACUUUUGGCGGCAAAGGUCAAGGAUACCAUUUUCAACCUCGCCAACGGCAAUGGCAGUAGCAAUGGCGAACAAGCCAAGAGCCCAGAGGUGGAAAUGGAGACGUCGUAGGUAGGGUAAUGACUGGAAAGCAUGUCAGGGCGUUUAGGCGUGGGCGCAUAACGGGGUAUAGAAACAUGGAAUGAAUAGGAUGAUA